AUGCAGCAGGAGCUGUGGCUCUGGGCCAGAUCUCAGGUGCUUGCUUCUCUGAAAGCAGUGUGUGCAAUGAGAGCGGCUGCCUCGCACCCACACCCUCUACCUCUACCGCCACCGCCGCCGCCUCCACCACCGCCGCCGCCACCGUCCGAACACGACCUGAGACACGCUUCGUCCAGCGGGGAUGAGACCAGCCAGGACCAUGUCCCCAACUCACUAAGACUGUCACAGUUCAGGGGUCGAACGUCCAACAGCACAUUUCACAACAGCCAUGGGGUUCCACAUGGUCAUAACAGAGAAGAUACAGAUAAACCAAAUGCUUGCGAGUUCCCAUGGAUCCAACACAACCCGGUCAAGGCUUCAAGGCACCACCAGGAGCUGCACAGAGAGCUGCUAAUGGCCCACAAGAAAGGUCUGGCGGUGUGCUGUAGGCCGGAGCUGCAGAUGGUUAUGGAGAGGAGGAAGAGGGAGCAGACUCAGAAGGAGGAAGGAGAACAGUGCAGAAGCCCUCUGGAGCAAGUCCUUCUCAAAAGGCAACAAAAACAAGAGGAAAAGGAGCAAGAAGAGGAAGAGAAAAUCCGUCAUGAGAUUCAGCUGAUGGAAUUUGUCAGAGUGAGAUCAAAUUUGAAGAAAGUACAUUCAGCACUGCAGAAGAACACUACCUCCUAAACCUUAAACCACAUCAGUACCUGGAAGUUACUGGAUAUUAAUGUGAAUGGAUUCAAUGAGCUACUUCAGUCUAUUGGAAUGAACCUUAGAACAUUAUGACAGCUAACAAUGGAAUGUUUGCAUUUUGAAUGCAGCUGUCAUGAACACGUAGAAUCUGUAUACCUUUAUACAC